UGUCCAAAGUUUAACAUCUGGAAGUGCUUGCUGCUCCUCAGUCACUCAGUCACACAGUUAGGUUGAGUGGAAUAACACUGCCAAAGAGAAGAUGUCCUUCAUAAAAGUAGAUGCAUCGUCUGAUUUCUCCUUCCACAACCUCCCUUAUGGAAUAUUCUCCACGCCUGAUAAUCCCAAAUGUCGCAUUGGUGUUGCCAUUGGAGACCAGAUACUGGACCUCAGUGUGAUAAAGUCUUUGUUUCGAGGGCCUGUGAUUUCCAAACAUCAAGAUUUGUUUGACCAGCCCACUUUGAAUGAUUUCAUGGCUCUUGGUUAUGAGGCCUGGAGGGAGGCCAGGAGGACCUUGCAGGGCUUGCUGUCAGCCAAUGAGAGCACACUGAGAGAUGAUGUCAGCCUUCGGAGCAGAGCAUUUGUCCACCAGAGUACAGCCAUCAUGCACCUUCCUGCAGACAUUGGCGAUUACACCGACUUCUACUCGUCCAAAGAUCAUGCUACCAACGUUGGCAUCAUGUUCCGGGGGAAGGAGAAUGCUCUGAUGCCAAACUGGUUGAGGCUUCCAGUGGGAUACCAUGGUAGAGCAUCAUCAGUGGUUGUUUCUGGGACCCCCAUCCGUCGCCCCUCAGGCCAGAUGAGACCUGACCAGACAAAACCACCAGUGUUUGGACCGUCUAAACAGUUGGACAUCGAGCUGGAGAUGGCCUUCUUUGUUGGAGGAGGGAAUCAGCUCGGGGAGCCUAUUCCCAUCAAGAAAGCCCAUGAACACAUCUUUGGCAUGGUACUCAUGAAUGACUGGAGUGCCAGGGACAUCCAGGCGUGGGAGUAUGUUCCUCUUGGUCCUUUCCUGGGGAAGAACUUCGGGACAACCAUCUCACCCUGGGUCAUCCCAAUGGAAGCACUCUUACCCUUUGCAGAGCCCAACUCCAUCCAGGAUCCAGAGCCCCUUCCCUACCUGCAACACCCUGAUGCUUUCACUUUCAACAUUAACCUGUUUGUGUCACUCAAAGGACAGGACAUGGCAGAGGCAGCAACCAUCAGCAAGUCCAACUUUAAGUACAUGUACUGGACCAUGAAGCAGCAGCUUGCCCAUCACACAGUCAACGGUUGCAACGUCAGACCAGGAGACCUGCUGGCUUCUGGUACCAUCAGUGGACCUGAUCCAGAGAGUUUUGGCUCCAUGCUGGAGCUGUCAUGGAGGGGAUCUAAGAACAUCGAUCUGGGAGGAGGAGAAACCAGAACCUUCCUGAAGGAUGGAGAUGAAGUCACCAUCACAGGUUACUGUCAAGGAGAUGGAUACAGGGUGGGCUUUGGAACCUGCAUGGGAACCAUUCUCCCUGCCCUGCAGCACUGAAACACGCUUACUGUUAUUUAGGUGGGAAUCCUUUUGUGGAGCAUAAAUACUCGAAGACGCAAACGUACACGCCUACAGUAUCUCACCCACAUUUUAACCAUUUAUUUAUGUCCACAUGAGGAAAAUGGUACAGGGACACAAAUAUUAUGGAUGCAGUACAA